GUGCGGGUAGGUGAAGUGGGUGGCAAUACCCUUGGAUUUUUUGACUGCCAGUUUAGUCCAGAUGGUUCAAUGAUCGUGGCUCAUGCUUUUCAUGGAGCACUACACCUUUGGAAACAGGCUACAGUUAAUAAGAAAGAGUGGACUCCAGAAGUUGUGAUUUCAGGACAUUUUAAUAGUGUAGAGGAUGUGAAGUGGGAUCCAGAAGGAGAGUUUAUCAUCAGUGUUGGUUCUGAUCAAACUACUAGACUCUUUGCUCCAUGGAAAAGAAAACAAGAGACAGAGGUAACCUGGCAUGAAAUUGCAAGGCCUCAAGUACAUGGGUACGACAUGCGUUGUUUGGCAAUGAUUGGCCGGUUUCAGUUUGUGUCAGGAGCAGAUGAAAAAGUGCUUCGAGUUUUUCGUGCUCCCAAGAAUUUUAUAGAAAAUUUCAGUAACAUCACUGGUAUUCCAGUGGAGAAGCUGUGCUCCCACCAAUCAUCUGAUCUUCCAGAAGGUGCAACUGUGCCAGCCUUGGGAUUAUCCAAUAAAGCUGUUUUUGAAGGUACAGUAAUGAGAAAUAAUGGUGGAAGUAACCCCACUCAGUCUGCGCAGUGCUCCCGAGAGCCUUUCCCGUCGACUGAUCUUGAUGAGUUUCACACGGAUGCUGGCACUCAUUGCUCGCCUGUGAUGGGUCUG